UUCCCCCUCCCAUGUGCUCAGACUGGCGCUAAAAGUUUUGAGUUGCUCUAAAGUCCGGAGCCACCAUCCUGAACGCUGGUAGCUGCUGGGCUCCGGGGGUACCUGGCGUCCGAGCUCGGAUAGUGCUUUCAAGGACUGUGACACGCUCCCCUGGGAACCGGCAGCCUUCCCAGCUGCUGCCAUGGAGGAGCCACAGUCCGAUCUCAGCCUCGAGCCUCCACUGAGUCAGGAGACAUUUUCAGACUUAUGGAAACUACUUCCUGAUAACAACGUUCUGUCCAGCUCACUGCCCUCGACCAUGGAUGAUCUGCUGCUCCCAGAUGUUGUAAAUUGGCUGGAAGAAAACCCAGAUGAAGAUAUACAAGUGUCAGCAGCUCCUGUACCACAGCCCCCAACACCAGUGGCCCCUGCCCCAGCAGCCCCUGUACCAGCCACUUCCUGGCCUCUGUCAUCCUCAGUCCCCUCUCAUAAGCCUUACCAUGGCAACUAUGGCUUCCGCCUGGGCUUCCUUCAGUCUGGGACAGCCAAGUCUGUCACAUGCACGUACUCCCCUGACCUUAACAAGCUGUUCUGCCAGCUGGCAAAGACCUGCCCUGUACAGGUAUGGGUUGAAUCACCACCACCACCUGGCACCCGAGUCCGAGCCCUGGCCAUCUACAAAAAAUCACAGCACAUGACAGAAGUUGUAAGACGCUGCCCCCAUCAUGAGCGCUGCUCCGAUAGUGAUGGCCUGGCCCCACCUCAGCAUCUCAUCCGGGUGGAAGGAAAUCUGCAUGCAGAAUAUUUGGACGACAGAACCACUUUCCGCCAUAGUGUGGUGGUGCCCUAUGAGCCGCCUGAGGUUGGCUCUGACUGUACCACCAUCCACUACAAUUAUAUGUGCAACAGCUCGUGCAUGGGGGGCAUGAACCGGAGGCCCAUCCUCACCAUUAUCACACUGGAAGACUCCAGUGGGAAACUGCUGGGGCGGAACAGCUUUGAAGUGCGUGUUUGUGCCUGUCCUGGGAGAGACCGCCGCACAGAGGAAGAAAAUUUCCGCAAGAAAGGAGGUUCAUGCUCUGAACCAACCCCAGGAAGCAUUAAGCGAGCACUGCCCCCCACAACCAGCUCCUCUCCACAGCCAAAGAAGAAACCACUGGAUGGAGAAUACUUCACCCUUAAGGUCCGUGGGCGUGAACGCUUUGAGAUGUUCCGAGAGCUGAACGAGGCCUUGGAACUCAAGGAUGCCCAAACUGAGAAGGAGCAAGGAGAGAGCAGGCCUCACUCCAGCUACCUGAAAUCUAAGAAGGGGCAGUCUACCUCCUGUCAUAAAAAACUAAUGUGCAAGAGAGAAGGACCUGAUUCAGACUGACAUUUUUUGCCUCUUCUCCCUUAUCAAUCACAUACCCUGGCCCCCACCCUGUUCUUUCCCUGGGAUUUGGAACUCUGGUGCUUGAAUCCCUUCCUGGUGUAGGUGUGCCCAGAAAUGCCCAGGAGUUCUGCCAUUUGCCUUGCCUGGACACCACACAAGAAGUUGGCCUGUACCAUUUUUUUGGUGGGGGGAUAGUGGGCGCUACGAUGUACCAGCUGAGUUUUUAAGGUUUUAACUGUGGGGAGAAUUAGGAGAGGGAAGAAAACAUUCUUGCAUAUAAGGAUCAGAGUGUACAACCAGCCAUAUGCCUGACUGGAAGCCCAGUUCUCCAACUGAGCUCACCAGAGAAGCUGUGGCCAGUUAUUUCCUUUCUCCUAACUUGAAUGCCCUCAUCUAUGAAAUGUUGAUCACCAUCGCUACCUCCCGGGAUUGUUGUGAGGGCCGAUGCAAGAACAUAUGUCCAAUCUUGACAUCCUUUAUUACAUGGGGGCUGGGUGCACAGUUUCCAAGGUUAGGAUGCUGGCUAAAGGUCAGCAGCCACUGCCAGAUGUACUCCAAUCUCAUGCUGAACCUUGGCACCAGGAAGGAAGUCUCCCCCUUCACACCCUGCAGGAUUCUAGCUCCAGCUCCCAGAGGGUCUGUAUCCACCAAAACUCAUUGUACUUCCCCUACAUGCUCAGGGUCAAUUUCUUUUGCACUCUGCAAGGCACAUCUAUACUUAACCACCUUCACACGUCCCUUUUUAUAUCCCCUUUUUGUAUCAGUUUCUUAUUUUACAAUAAAACUUUGCUAUCA